AUGACAGGAAAACAAACGCCGUUUAUGUACCGAAUGAAAACCGCAAGCAGGAGAUUUUAAUUAACACGAUUCACGACUAUAAUAGCAGUAAAUUUUUCUUAGACCUAUUCCACGAAACCAGAAACAAAUAAAUCAUGAAAUUGACUGUAGAUGGUUUGCUUGUGUAUUUUCCUUAUGACUAUAUUUAUCCAGAACAAUAUGCCUAUAUGUUGGAAUUGAAACGGGCGCUUGAUGCUAAGGGUCAUGGGUUGCUAGAAAUGCCCUCAGGAACGGGUAAAACAAUAUCACUUCUAUCACUUAUUGUUGCUUAUAUGAUACAGAAUCCCCACCACAUAAGAAAAUUAAUAUACUGUUCGCGAACUGUGCCAGAAAUUGAAAAAGUGUUGGAGGAGUUAAAGAAUCUGUUCAAAUACUAUGAGAAAUCGCAAGGUGAAAAGCCAAGCCUCACUGGUGUGGUUUUGAGUUCCCGCAAGAACUUGUGUAUACAUCCUGAGGUGUCACAAGAAAGAGAAGGCACUUCCGUAGAUGGAAAGUGCCACGCCCUCACCGCAAGCUACAUAAGAGAAAAUCAUGAGAGAGAUAAUUCUAUACCUAUUUGUCAAUUCUAUGAGGGUUUUAACAGAGAGGGCAAAGAGUCAAUGUUGCCAUAUGGAGUGUAUAAUAUGGACGAUCUUAAACAGUAUGGAGCAGAUAGAAAUUGGUGUCCCUAUUUCUUAUCGAGAUUUGCUAUUAUACACGCAGAAAUAGUUGUCUAUUCAUACCACUAUUUGUUAGAUCCAAAGAUAGCAGAAGUUGUGUCCAAAGAGUUGAACAAGGAGGCGGUCGUUGUUUUCGACGAGGCGCAUAACAUAGACAACGUGUGCAUAGACUCGCUAAGUGUUAAGAUCACGAGAAGGACCAUAGACAAGAGCACGCAGGCGUUGCAGUCUUUGGAGAAAACUGUUGCGAGGAUAAGGGAAGAAGACUCGGCGAGGUUGGUGGCGGAGUAUGAGCAGAUGGUGGAGGGUUUGCGGGAAGCUGCGUUGGCGAGGGACACGGACACCAUACUUGGCAACCCCAUACUGCCUGAUGAAGUACUUAACGAGGUGGUUCCCGGGAAUAUACGCAAUGCAGAACAUUUCCUAGGAUUCCUGAAGAGAUUUAUAGAAUACCUAAAAACUAGACUGCGAAUACAGCACGUGGUGCAGGAGUCACCAGCUGGGUUCCUGAAGGACGUGUCGAGCCGCGUGUGCAUCGAGCGCAAGCCGCUGCGCUUCUGCGCCAGCCGGCUGCGCGCGCUGCUGCGCACGCUGCAGGUGCCCGACCCGCAGCGCCUGGCCGCGCUCACGCUGGUGGCGCACCUGGCCACGCUCGUCUCCACCUACACCAAGGGGUUCGUCGUCAUCAUCGAGCCCUUCGACGACAAGACGCCGACCGUCUCCAAUCCGAUAUUGCAUUUCUCUUGCAUGGAUUCUUCGAUAGCGAUGCGGCCAAUUUUCGCAAGAUUUCAAAGUGUUAUAAUCACUUCAGGAACCUUAUCACCGUUGGAUAUGUACCCCAAAAUAUUGGACUUCAACCCAGUGGUGAUGAGUUCCUUCACCAUGACGUUGGCCAGACCUUGCAUAUUACCUAUGAUAGUGUCAAAGGGCAGUGACCAAGUUGCAAUAUCGAGCAAAUACGAGACGAGAGAAGAUGUGGCCGUCAUACGCAACUACGGCCAGCUGUUGGUUGAGAUAUCGGCGUGUGUACCAGAUGGAGUGGUCUGUUUCUUCACGUCAUACCUUUAUCUGGAGAGCGUCGUCGGCGCCUGGUACGACCAAGGCGUGGUAGCGAGUCUGCAAAGGCAUAAACUUCUAUUCAUCGAAACCCAAGAUUCGGCCGAAACUAGUUUUGCUCUCAUCAAUUAUAUUAAGGCGUGCGAGAGCGGGCGCGGCGCGGUGCUGCUGUCGGUGGCGCGCGGCAAGGUGUCGGAGGGCGUGGACUUCGACCACCACCUCGGGCGCGCCGUGCUCAUGUUCGGCAUCCCCUACGUGUUCACGCAGAGCCGCAUCCUCAAGGCGCGCCUCGACUACCUGCGCGACCAGUUCCAGAUCCGCGAAAAUGACUUUCUAACGUUUGACGCGAUGCGACACGCGGCGCAGUGCGUGGGGCGAGCUUUGCGCGGCAAGACGGACUACGGCGUGAUGAUAUUCGCGGACAAGCGGUUCAGCCGCGCGGACAAGCGGGGCAAGCUGCCGCGCUGGAUACAGGCGCACCUGAGGGACUCGCUCACCGCGCUCUCCACGGAGGAGGCUGUGCAGAUAUGCAAACGCUGGUUACGGCAGAUGGCGCAGCCGUUCACGCGCGAGGACCAGCUGGGCGUGUCUCUGCUGACAUUGCAACAGCUCCAGUCCAAGGAGCAACAGGAGAAGAUCGAAAAACAAGUUCUGCAGAAGUGAUUCAGUGAAAGUGUGGAAGCCAGUGUAACAUGCGACAGUGAUGAUGGCCGUGAAACAAUUUAAUUUAGCGCUUCUUAGUGCUGGCAUACAUAAAAUGUCCGAAAGCCGGGCGUUUGUUGGAGGAUUACUUUAAUAAAUAUCUUGCGAAAUCAUUGUGGUGUCACAGUGGUGUUCUUUCUAUAAAUGUAAAGAUGGCAGACUUGGAAAAAAACUGAUAUCAAUAUAAUAUACAAUAAGAUAUCAAGGAGAAAUCUUGUAAUGACUGAUUUGUUUUAUAUUAAACGGUGUUGCAAAGCAACGUGUUUGUAAAGUGAUUCCUAAUAAAUGAAUACAUUGA